AUGCUUACUGAGGAGGCUAUAAACAAACCGUUUCAAUUUACCGAUUUUAUGAUUGAACCUCUUUUGUUUAUUGCGAUAAGAUUUACAGAAUAUCCUGGACAUAUUGGUGGCCGAUGUGUAGACAGUUUUGAUUGCGAUCCUAAUGGUCCACGAGUUUGUGUGACACUUACAGCAGUGAGAGAUUGUUUUGUUGACUGUCCAAAUGCCGCUGAUGAAGAAUGUCCAGUGAACAAAGUGUUAUGUGAUUCAAAAAUAAGAGAUGGAUGUGGGAAAUGUGUCAAAGUGGAGGAGCGUGAUAUGCUUUGCAGCGAUCGCCGAUGGCGAAGUAUAUGCUCGGAGCUUGAGCAUUUCAAAUGUUUGUCUACGGACAAUUGUGUUUUACCUCACUGGAUUGGAGAUGGUAUUGAUGAUUGCGCUGAUGGCUCAGAUGAAGAUCUUUGUGCUCUUGAAUUGCCAGAUUGCAAUCAGACCAGGAUAAGUUCAACUGCAUCAUCUCCGUUUGAUGUGGGUGCUCCUACUGAAAAGCAUGUAGAGGGAUGUCUCGAAGGCGAGUUUCAAUGUAUCACCUCAUAUGAAUGCAUAUCCAUUGUCAAUGUCUUAGAUGGUAUUGAACAAUGUAAUGAUGGAAGUGAUGAAAGAUAUUGUAAAGAAAUGGCUGGAAGUAACAUGUGUCAAAAACCGAAACAAUGCAGCUUCAAUCCAGCUGCUGACAUGUUCACAUGCGAUUGUCCACUGGGUUAUUCGCGUACUUCUUUCGGUCUUUGUAUCCCUUUUUUAGCCCCAGCCUUCAGUACCGAUUGUGCCGAUUUGCAAAGACGUUAUCAUCUUGUGGGAUCAGGCCUAUUUAAGCUCCAUGAUUGGAGUUGCUCUAAGCCUGAAAUGUGUCCUUUUAUUGCCCACUGUGAGAUGAAUUUGUUUGGCGGUGGAUGGACGAUAAUCAUGCAACGCUUCAAUACAUCGCUUAGUUUUGACAAGGAUAUACUGGAAUAUGAAAAUGGUUUUGAUUUAGACAAUUCAAAUUUCUGGAUUGGACUAAAACGCAUGCAUCACUUAACUAAUCGUCCUCAAUCUCCGAAUGAAUUACUUUUAAGAUUACGUACAGCGAUCAACGGGCAGAUAAUUUUGGUUCGGUAUUCGCAUUUUAUCGUUUAUGGAAAACUUCUAGAUUAUCGACUAAAUAUUGGAAGUAUCAUUUAUGGGAAUGGCAUGAAUACAGCAAACGAAUUAGCCCAAGAUCAACUGUGUCCAUUUGUGGCCAGUUCAGAGAGAGGAUGUGUCGGUGGAGGAGGAUGGUGGAGAAAAGAAUGCCAACAAAAAGGUGUUUUGACAGCUACGAAUAGAGCUGAUGGUACAUAUCCUGGACUUAACUGGAAUGGAAAGCGUCUUUCAGCGGUGCAAAUGCUCAUUCGACCACGGGGAUAUAUGCCUCCUCCGAAGAAACGAAUUUAA